CAUCCAUCCGGCGACAUGGGCACCGUCACCGCCGCCGAUCCGCACCCCUCCUUCCUCGCCGACAAGGACGCCAAGGUCUUCGUCGCCGGGCACCGGGGCCUCGUCGGGUCCGCGAUCCUGCGCCGCCUCCUCUCGCUCGGCUUCACCUCCGUCGUCGCCCGCACCCACGCCGAGCUCGACCUCACCCGCCAGGCCGACGUCGAGGCCUUCUUCGCCGCCGAGCGGCCGCGCUACGUCGUCCUCGCGGCGGCAAAGGUCGGCGGCAUCCACGCCAACUCCACCUUCCCCGCCGACUUCAUCGCCGCCAACCUCCAGAUCCAGACCAACGUCGUCGACGCCGCGCUGCGCUGCGGCUCCGUCCGCAAGCUCCUCUUCCUCGGAUCCUCCUGCAUCUACCCCAAGUUCGCGCCGCAGCCCAUCACGGAGGGCGCGCUCCUCUCCGGCCCGCUCGAGCCCACCAACGAGUGGUACGCCGUCGCCAAGAUCGCCGGCAUCAAGAUGUGCCAGGCGUAUCGCAUCCAGCACGGCCUCGACGCCGUCUCCGCCAUGCCCACCAACCUCUACGGCCCGCACGACAACUUCCACCCGGAGAACUCGCACGUCCUGCCCGCGCUCAUCCGCAGGUUCCACGAGGCCAAGGCGUGCGACGCCCCCGAGGUCGUCGUCUGGGGCUCUGGCUCGCCGCUGCGGGAGUUCCUGCACGUUGAUGACCUCGCUGACGCGGUCAUCUUCCUCAUGGAUCACUACUCCGGGCUGGAGCAUGUCAAUGUGGGGAGUGGGAGCGAGGUCACCAUCAAGGAGCUCGCUGAGCUGGUGAAGGAGGUGGUGGGGUUCCAGGGGAAGCUGGUGUGGGACUCCAGCAAGCCGGACGGCACACCCAGGAAGCUCAUGGAUAGCUCCAAGAUACAAGGGAUGGGGUGGAAGCCCAAGAUUGAACUCAAGGAGGGCCUCGUCGAAACCUACAAAUGGUAUGUUGAGAAUGUCGUCUCGGACAAGAAGUAGAGCGAUGCCAAUGGUGGUGUCUUGUUCUCCAUUGCUACUUUCACAAGCUGCUGUCAUGAUUUGUACUAUUCCUACUAUGGUUGUUGCUCAUCAGGUCAUACAAUUCUGUGUUAUAAGUUAACCCACAUAGAAGAGGUUUGUUAUAAUGUUAUGUGUUGGCUGAAUAAUCUGUGGGUCAAAUUAGUAUACUGCUAGAAGGAUAAUUGAUCUUGAACACUUUUUGUUGAGAGUUUAACGACCAAAACUGAUGGAUGGAUGUUCUUGACCUUGAAACAACUGCUUGCUUAUUGAGCAAGCUCUUUUUGAUUUGUGAAAUAUCACAAUGUAUUCA